UUAGUAAAUAUAAACUGCUAAAUACCUUUUCUCAACAGCAGUAUAAUCAGUCUUGCGACUUCUAUCAGUGUCAAGCUGGGCACUGGUUAAAGCUUGUACGAGGAGUUUUCAUUUUCCUCUCACUGCCCUAUGAGAUUGCAUAACCCCUGGACAGUGCAGAUUUACCCUGUGCCCUGCACCCUCCUAAGAAAAAGACACCAAACUGAGCAUGUGCAGAGUGUCCCCGAGGCUGUGUUUUAUCAGGAGAUGAAAUGGGGAAUGUGAUAGAAGGGAAGAAUCAGAGAAGACAGGAUCAAACAU